AUGCAUCAGGUGGUCCUCUUAGAUUACAAGAAGGCGUUUGAUCUGAUCGAUCAUAACCUCCUCGUGCAAAAGAUUUUUAGUCUGGCCAUCCCUCGGGACGUGGCUCUCUGGGUCGUCGAUUUCCUUGCGCUAAGGCACCAAUGUGUCAAACUUUCAUCUGACUGCUACUCGGAAUGGGGUCUAGUCCCCGCCGGUGUGCCUCGGGGCACCAAAUUGGCGCCCUGGCACCUUAUCUUAAUGAUAAGUGACCUGCGUGUAAACAACGUACAUGCGUGGAAAUACGUAGACGACACCACAAUUGCGGAAAUCGUACCAAGCGGAGGACAAAGUAACAUCCAGAGUGCCGUCGAUGUCGUGCAGGGCUGGUCCAACAACCAAAGCAUGCAGUUAAAUGCGGACAAAUGUAAAGAACUGAUAGUUGAUUUUAAGAAACGCAAAGAUGUGUUUGAUCCUGUAAGAGGAGGUGGAAAAGAUCUAUCCAAAGCUCAGUGUGUUAAAAUUUUAGGGGUUACUAUAGCUAACGAUCUUAUCAUGUAA